CUGUCAUAUAGUCUAAUGUCAAUUCAAUUUGACGUUCGUUAAAUGUGGUGAACUUCACGUGGUUCUCGAAGUCGAUAUUUCUUAUUUAUUCUAGAAAAUUGUCCGGCGACAGGUGAUUCAUGUUAUUGAAUAAAAGCGUUGUGAUCUGUAUUUAUCGCUAGUGUUGAAAUAAAAGUUCGUUAAGUAAGACAUUGUUGGUUGAAGUGAGGUUGAACUCGCGCGUGUGAAAACAGAAUCAGUCAAAAUGAGUUCUAAUAAUCAUCCACUACCAAAUCAACAAAAUGCGAUUGCGAGUCAAGCGAGUGGACAGAUGGUGGCAGCGCCUGCAAUGCUGACCUAUCCUGGCAACAGUAACCAAGUCAAUAGUGGUGUACGUAAUUCGAGUGAUCUUCAAAAUACAAGUUCACAAGGUUCCACGCAGAAACGUCCACCAAGGAAUUUGCAGGGUCUGCUGAAGUUUGCUAUGGAGGCUACACAAGCUGAAGAUGCUCCUGGCAACAAAGAUUUGACACCAAUGGAUGAAGAGAGGCGAAAAUUCCUUGAAGAGGCCAUAAAAAGUUUGACAGUGAACAUAGCGGAAGUCCUGGACAAUGCCAUCAAAGUACUGACAAACUCUGAGAAGAUUAACAGCAUAAAUGAGGAUGAGCCUUUACCUGAUGAGGUGAAGAACUCGUUCACUGUGUUAAUGGAUCAUGUUGAUGAUCUGGAUGUGGCUAAUGAUUUCUUCAAAAUGGGAGGAUUUGCAAUGUUCCCGAUAAGCUACGGUAGCAAGAAUUCGGAGUUAAGGGCUUAUGCCAGUUCGGUGCUGGGCUCAAUUUGCCAAAACAAUGAGUUCUGCCAAAAGAGGGCGCUCGAGUGUGGGCUGCUGCAUGUUCUUCUCAGCUUGGUGGAGAAGGAAGAGGGACCAGCACUCGCCAAGUGCUUAUACGCCAUUUCAUGUAUGUGUCGUGGCUAUGAGCCGGCUUGUCAGGAACUAAUCACACAGGGUGGAUGCCCUGUGCUUGUGGAUCUACUGAACUCCACGGACUUAGCAGCCAAGACGAAGGCAGCAUUCCUCAUCAGAUACUUUGGACAGAACUAUCCUGAUGCUAGAAGACAACUACUAAGGCACGACAUCGUGAAAGUCAUAUCUUCACAAUUACAAGCUGGUCGGAAUGAGAGCUCGGAGCACCUCCUCAGCAUACUCCAAGUCCUCGUCAGUUCCAAGGAUCCCACUACCUUAAGACUCUUCAGGGACCCAAGUUACAACCUUAAGAAGGUCCUAGAAGACUAUCUCAAUUUACCAGAAUUAAAAGAUGAUAGGUUCUUUGAAGAGAAACAGUUUUGUUCAGAAAUACUAAGCACUGUCUUUGCAAAUCAAUCUUCCGUUGAAGAACCAGCUAGAUAAGUAGUUUCCUUACUUGGUUUAUCAUUCAUCAUCGUCAUCUGUUACCCAAGGACUUAAGUU